AUGUCUGUUCUAUUUACCAGCAUUUCAAAAGACAAUCCCGUCAAGCCUGGAGAUGUCGAAUCCCUCGUUGAGCCGUUUGGAAUUACUAUAGAUCCGUCAGAGGCGAAAGAUUUCCAGACCCUUUUGGCGGCUGUCCACGACUGCGCAGAAGAUAUCUCCGCAUUGCCAGAUUACCAACCUGUCGCUGAUCAGACCAAAUAUCCCCGUGAGAAUGUCCGUCGACCAUCUAAGGACGAACAGGUCCUGGGACACGCCUGGGCCAAUCGGUUUCUGAUUAAAGGGAGCCAGGGAGGCGUUCUCAGUGGGAAGUCGGUCAGUCUAAAGGAUGUCAUAGCCGUUGCUGGAGUGCCCCAAUUGCUGGGAAGCGAUAUAAUUCCAUCCUGGACCCCAAGUACCGAUGCAACAGUUGUGACUAGGCUGCUCGAUGCUGGCGCCGAUAUCCAUGGGACUUCGACCUGUGAAAACCAGUGUCAUUCGACAUCUUCUUAUACCAGUGCUCAGGGCACUGUGGAAAACCCUCAUGCAAGUGGAUAUUCUGCCGGCGGCAGUACCUCUGGAGGAGCUGCAUUGGUCGCAGCGAACUUGGUGGAUAUCACCAUUGGAGGCGAUCAAGGUGGAAGUAUUCGUGUUCCGGCAGCAUUUUGCGGAUGCGUCGGCUUAAAGCCUACUUACGGACGAGUCCCCUUCACUGGAGUAUCUAGUGGUGAUGCUAUUGACGACCACGUUGGUCCCCUGGCUCGGAAUACGCUUGACGUCGCGGCAUGCCUGGAUGUCAUUAGUGGGUAUGACGGCAUCGACGACAGAUCGGUGGGAAGUCCAAAGCCCGGCUCUACCAAUUUCGCUGCUUUACUUAAAGACACUGCAAGACUUGAUGGAUUCAAGAUCGGACUGCUGAAAGAAGGAUUUGAUCAUGAUUCUGUGAUGCCGACAGUCAAGCAUGCUGUUUUAACUGCUGCCAAGAAGUUCGAGGAUCUAGGCGCUUCCAUUGAAGAGGUAUCCCUUCCAGAGCACUUCCGUGGUCCAGCUCUCUGGACAAUCCAGCAAAGAAUUGCCGGCACACAUACCCUACUAGGCCAAAACACGGGAAGAAGAGGUCUGUACAUGACUGAGAUGGAGCAAGCCAGGUUACCUUGGACCAAUCAGGGCUUCCAAAGGGCGUUCCCGUCAACGAAGAAUGUUCUUAUCAAUGGUCUGUAUCUCCAGUCAAAAUUCCCAGGUCUCUACGGGAAGACUGUGAAUAUCGGCCGACAAGUGAGCGAUAAGUAUGAAGAGCUUUUCAAGAAGUUUGACGUCAUUUUGAUGCCUACAACGCCAGUCGUGGCUCCUAAACACGGGAAACGAGGGCUUCCUUUAGAGUCACUCAAGCCUAGCAUGGGUUUAACCGUCAAUACAGCCAUCUUUGAUGUGACAGGGCACCCGGCAGUCACUAUCCCAGUUGGGUUUGCACCCGCCAAGGAAGAUCCCGGGGUCAUGCUUCCAGUGGGCAUGCAGAUCGUUGGUGGUCUGUGGCAAGAGAGUAAGAUCCUGCAAGCGGGUCAUGCAUGGGAAUCGCACUUUGAUUGGAAGAAAAUGCGGUUGGCCACCGAUAGGAACUAG